UCUGGUACAGUCAUCCCAAGCCUCUUCGGCGGGACUGUGAUGGCCGGAGAGAUGACGAUCUUAGGAUCAGCUGUUUUGACUCUCCUGUUGGCUGGCUAUUUGGCACAACAGUAUUUACCACUGCCUACUCCUAAAGUGAUUGGCAUUGACCUUGGCACCACCUACUGUUCGGUUGGGGUGUUCUUUCCUGGCAGUGGGAAAGUAAAGGUCAUCCCAGAUGAAAAUGGGCAUAUCAGCAUACCCAGCAUGGUGUCCUUUACUGACCGUGAUGUGUUUGUGGGGUAUGAAAGCUUAGAGCUGGCAGAUUCAAAUCCUCAGAAUACAAUAUAUGAUGCCAAAAGAUUCAUAGGCAAGAUUUUUACCCCAGAAGAGCUGGAGGCUGAAAUUGGCAGAUACCCAUUUAAGGUUUUAAACAAAAAUGGAAUGGUUGAGUUUUCUGUGACAAGUAAUGAGACCAUCACAGUUUCCCCAGAAUAUGUUGGCUCUAGACUGUUGUUGAAAUUGAAGGAAAUGGCAGAGGAAUACCUUGGAAUGCCAGUCGCCAAUGCUGUUAUUUCUGUACCAGCAGAAUUUGAUCUAAAACAGAGAAAUUCAACAAUUGAAGCUGCUAACCUAGCAGGACUGAAGAUCUUGAGGGUAAUAAAUGAACCCACAGCGGCAGCUAUGGCCUAUGGUCUCCACAAGGCUGAUGUCUUUCAUGUCUUGGUGAUAGAUUUGGGCGGAGGAACUCUAGAUGUGUCAUUGCUGAAUAAACAAGGAGGAAUGUUUCUAACCCGAGCAAUGUCUGGAAACAAUAAACUUGGAGGACAGGACUUCAAUCAGAGAUUGCUUCAGUACUUAUAUAAACAGAUCUAUGAAACCUAUGGCUUCCUACCUUCUAGGAAAGAGGAAAUUCACAGAUUACGACAAGCCGUGGAAAUGGUCAAAUUAAAUCUGACGCUUCAUCAGUCUGCUCAGUUGUCAGUAUUACUAACCGUGGAGGAAAAGGACAGGAAGGAACCUCAGAGUACUGACACUGAACUGCCAAAGGACAGGCUUUCCCCAUCAGAUGGCCACCCUAUGAACAAUGUGUUUGAAGCUGGCCUUUCUGAAAAGAAGAGUGGAGAAAGUCAAGUUUUAUUUGAAACAGAAAUAUCACGGAAGCUUUUUGACUCCAUUAAUGAAGAUCUCUUCCAGAAAAUACUCGUCCCCAUUCAGCAAGUAUUAAAAGAAGGCCACCUGGAAAAGACUGAGAUUGACGAGGUGGUUUUGGUUGGAGGCUCUACUCGCAUUCCUCGAAUCCGCCAGGUCAUUCAGGAGUUCUUUGGAAAGGAUCCCAACACGUCUGUAGACCCUGACCUGGCAGUGGUGACAGGAGUGGCUAUCCAAGCGGGGAUUGAUGGAGGCUCUUGGCCUCUCCAAGUCAGUGCUUUGGAAAUUCCCAAUAAGCAUUUACAGAAGACCAACUUCAACUGAAUUAUGGAGGAAUCAUUCUUACUCGUGAUUGUGUGAUGAUCUCUUCCUGUUUAUCAGACUGCCUCCUCCAAUAAAGAAAGUCUCUAAAAUAUCUCACAAAUUUACCUAAAAGGCAGCAUUUAGAUACACAACAAUUUUACAUAACAUUUUGUUUUAGGAUUAAAUGUGACCAGAUUGAUCCUCUUUGAUUUUGGAGAGAUCCCAUUCCAACAAAUACUUCUAAAAUGAUAGAAUUGAGGUAAAACCUUAGAGGAGCAUGGGUGGCUAUAUUUUCUGGAUUCUGGAAGUAGAUAACCAUAUGCACUUAAAAUUACAUUCUGUAAACAUUGCCUAGUGCCAAUUAUAGGAUUCCCAGUUCUUACUAAAUUGUAUUAGCAGGAGCUGGUAAUUUAUUUACUUGGUUAUUACAUAUGACUAUUAAUUUACCUCUACUUGAAGGACAGUGUUGAUGUCAGUUAUAUACAUUGGUUAGGAGAUAGCAGUAUUAUUAAUAUAAGCUGAUAGAUAGUAUUCAAUAACUGCCAUAUUAAAUAAAUUUACUUUCGCAAAUUCAGUAUCCCAUUAUGUGUCUUGUUCAUGUAAUCUGCAUUCUCCAGCUUUUUAAAAUAUAUUUAUUGGCUCAGUUUAUUUUAUUUCUAAAAUAGCUACUGAUUUAUUCAAAUGUUUCAAUAUCAGAUAGUAGAAAUAGCCAAUUUACAUUUCAGUUCUUUGAUCUGCUGUCCAUCAUUCUCUGCUUGGAUUUCCAUAAUUCUGCCUGGUUAGAAAACAAUAGGGAAUUAUUAAUUGCAUUUUAAAUAUGUGUUAAUGUCACAAUAAAGCCAUCAUUACUAUCACUUUUUUGUUAUCCAAACUCUUUGCAGACUUUAGUAAAUAGCAGUAAUUAGCUACAAUAUUUGUUUUGUUUUGUUAUUUUCAGCAAGCCCUGGAGAAUGUAGUUUGCAUUUGAACUAUCAAAUCGUACUUGAUUCACUUUUACUGAGAUUUUCCCCCAUAUUAAUCCCCUUAAUAAUUAAUCCCCAUAAUAAUUAACUGAAUUGUGCUUGAUUCAGUUUUACUGAGAUUUUUUCCCCAUAUUAAUUUUGAGCAAGGAAAAUGUGCUCAAUUGUAAAACCUUGUUAUUGUUUCCUACUAUCGUUUUAAAAUAGUCACACUGGGACUGUUUUCAGCCUUAAGGUUAGUGUGUGAUGAGAACAAAAAGUUUGUUAAUAUUGGAAGUAACGUGGAUAUCUAAUCUGGAAGGAGGCAGUAUCGAAGAAUUCCCAUAAAUCCACAUUUGUAGCAGUUCUGUUUUUGUUUUUGUUUCUUUCCUUUUAGAAAAGCUACAGGGACCAAGAAAGAAAAUAUAGCAGUUCUGUUUCUGUGAUGCCUAUAGUAUUUGAAGAUAUAUUUUCUUUUCCCUUAAUAUAGGCAUGCUUCAUAUCAAUAUUCAAAAAUUAUACUCUGGUCAGCAUUUUUGUUACUGUAAAGCAUGUCUGCUUUAUCCAUUGUUAAAUUUGAAAUGAUGUUGAAUUUCCAAUCACUGAAAAAGAGAACUAAGCAAACGCAUUUUAGCAACAUCAAAACAUUUCAGCUUCUCAUAGUAAAAAGCUGAAUGUUAAUAUUUUUUUGCAGAUCUAACAAAUGUUUCUUAGCAAUGAAAUUGCUGUUAAAACACAAUUUCAAUCAAAUAUUUUUGUGUACAGAAAAUGUCAAUAGUAGGUAGGUAGAAUAAUAUGAAAUGUUGACAUAUUUUAUUUUAGAACUAACAGAGAAAUGCCAAAGAGGAAUCCUUCACUGCAUUAUGGAAAUACUCAAGUGUUCUCUUGGACUUUAAUAAAUCUUUAACAGAUUUUAGAAUUGAAAAAGAUCUCUUUGUGAAGGUCUUUAAAAAAGUGUUCAAUUUAUCGGAAUCUCUACAUACAGUAUCAGCUUUAACCUAAAGCAUUUUAGGAUUUUUUUAAAAAGCUUGAAUUUCUCAAAUAUGUGAGAUAGUCCAGGACAAUCUGUUAACACGUUUUAGAGGAAACAAUUUGCAAAACAGGGCAGCUAUUCUCAUACAUUAAAAUUGGAAUUUAAGUAAUUUGAUUGUGUCUGAAAAAUCGAAUGGCAGUGUUGGAAUUUGGGGGUAAAAGUUUAGCAUAUUCUCUAGUAUAGUUACACCUUUAAAAACAUAAAGUGAUGUCUAUCUUCAAUCAUAUUUUAGGGGGCUAUAUAUAAAUAGUCUUGAAAUUAAUGUAGUUUAUUUAUUUAAAAGAUAAAAAUGCAUCCUGAAAGGGAUCAUUUAUGCAUAAUAAUCUGAAGACAUUUUUCAUAAAACAAAAUUCAUUUUGGUCAUCUAGCUAGUGUUUUUUGAAGCGCUUAACUUCUAAAAUAUUAACUGUCUUGUAUGAUUAGAAUAUGUGAAUGAGUAAUUUAUUUUAUAUUAGGAAUGUUUUGGUACUGUGUUUUCGCUCAAACCACUGACUUAUCAACAGAUCCUGCUGUGUGUAUAAUAUGUUCUGAAGACUAUGGUUAUUGUGCAUAACAGAUUGUGCCUCUCAAAUUUGUGUACACAAGUAAUUCACAUUUUAAUGUAAAUAAAUACUACUUUGCAGUUUGUUUUUUAAA